AUGAAGACUCAAACUAAUGGGGUGCCAUAUAUGAACGGUGGCUCCGCCGCCCCCGGCAACCCUAAUGAAUGGGAGCUGAGGCCCGGCGGAAUGCUGGUCCAAAAACGCACCGAUGCAGAACAAAACCAAGCUCCACCACCCACUAUUCGGGUCCGUGUGAAAUACGGGUCAACUUACCACGAUAUCUAUAUCAGCUCUCAAGCUACAUUUGGGGAGUUGAAGAAGAUGUUAACAGGACCUACAGGGUUGCAUCACCAAGACCAGAAGCUAUUUUACAAGGAUAAAGAGAGGGACUCUAAAGUUUUCCUUGACACUGUAGGAGUGAAGGACAAAUCUAAGAUUGUGUUAGUAGAGGAUCCAAUUAGUCAAGAGAAGAGGUACAUUGAGAUGAAGAAAAAUGCUAAAAUGGAAAGGGCUGCAAAAUCAAUAUCCGAAAUCAGCUUGGAGGUCGAUAAACUUGCUGGACAGGUUUUGGAGCUUGAAUCCGUGAUUUCUAAAGGUGGAAAAGUAUCUGAGAAGGAUGUACUAAAUCUCACUGAGUUAUUGAUGAAUCAACUGCUUAAACUGGAUGGGAUCAUAGCCGAUGGUGAUGUCAAACUACAGAGGAAAAUGCAGGUGAAAAGAGUGCAAAAGUGUGUCGAGACUCUUGACGUGUUGAAGAUUAAAAAUGCAACGCCAACAAGCAAUGAAUACCAGAAACCUGUACGUUCACCUACGUCUGUCCAGCCACAGCAGCAGCCAAAGUAUUCAAAUGGGCACGUGCGCCGGUCUUCUAAUGGGAGCAUGUCAUCACCCGUGGAACAGCAACAAGCUCGGCAUUCAUUUAUAGAUUCACCAAAGCAACAGCACAAUCAGCAACAUUCCAGGCGCUCGGCCUCGGGGGAUGUUGUCAUAACUACAAAGUGGGAAACUUUUGAAUCUACACCAGCAACCUUUCUAGUUGCCCCUUCAACAUCAAGCACAAUGAAGCCAGCACAACCUAGUUUUUCUUGGGAUUUGCUGAGUUAG